CACCGAGCCUGGCGCCUUUUCUGCAGGCGCGGGGGGGGGGGGUUGGAGUGAGGGAGAGGCCCAGGGCACAUGAUGCGCCCCCCAGCCCGCCCAGCACAUGACUCAGGCGGGCCAGCGGGGUCCUGGCACACCCGAGCCGCGUCCCAGAGCUCGGCUCAUGGCCUCCCCGCGCCUGGGGACCUUUUGCUGCCCCACGCGGGACGCGGCCACGCAGCUCGUGCUGAGCUUCCAGCCACUGGCGUUCCACGCGCUGUGCCUGGGCAGCGGCGCGCUCCGCCUGGCGCUGGGCCUCCUGCAGUUGCUGCCGGGCCGCAGGCCAGCGGGCUCUGGGGCCCCCGCGACUUCCCCGCCGGCCUCGGUUCGCAUCCUGCGCGCCGCCACCGCCUGCGACGUGCUUGGCUGCCUGGGUAUUGUGGCCCGGUCUUCGGUGUGGUUGGGAUUCCCGGAUUUCGUGGACAGCGUCUCAGAUGUGAAUGCAACAGACAUCUGGCCGGCUGCUUUCUGCGUGGGGAGUGCGAUGUGGAUCCAGCUGUUGUACAGCGCAUGCUUCUGGUGGCUGUUUUGCUAUGCGGUGGAUGCCUAUCUGGUGAUUCGGAGAUCUGCAGGACUGAGCACCAUCCUGCUGUACCGCAUCAUGGCGUGGGGCCUGGCCACCCUGCUCUGCGUGGAGGGCGCUGCCAUGCUCUACUACCCCUCCGUGUCCAGGUGUGAGAGGGGACUGGACCACGCCAUUCCCCAUUAUAUCACCACGUACCUGCCCCUGCUGCUCGUUCUGGUGGCCAACCCUAUCUUGUUCCAAAAGACAGUGACUGCAGUGGCCUCUUUACUAAAGGGAAGGCAAGGCAUUUACACAGAGAACGAGAGACGUAUGGGAGCCAUGAUCAAGACCCGAUUUUUCAAAAUAAUGCUGGUUUUAAUUAUUUGUUGGUUGUCAAAUAUCAUCAAUGAAAGCCUUUUAUUCUAUCUUGAGAUGCAAACGGAUAUCAAUGGAGGCUCUUUGAAACGUGUCAGAACUGCAGCCAAGACCACAUGGUUUAUUAUGGGGAUACUGAAUCCAGCUCAAGGAUUUCUCUUGUCUCUGGCCUUCUAUGGCUGGACAGGAUGCAGCCUGGAUUUUCAGUCUUCCAGGAAGGAGAUCCAGUGGGAAUCGUUGACAACCUCAGCUGCUGAGGGGGUUCACCCAUCUCCUGUGGGCUCCCGUGUACCCCAUGAAAACCCUGCUUCCAGGAAGGUGUUGCGAGUCGGUGGGCAGACCUCUGAUGAAGCCCUGAGCAUGCUGUCUGAAGGUUCUGAUGCCAGCACAAUUGAAAUCCACACUGCAAGUGAAUUCCGCAACAAAAAUGACGGGGACUCUGCUCCCCAAACCCAUGGAGACUUAUGAAGGCGAUGUGCUGAGGUCCAGACCUGCAUACCCAACUCUACGUUUCUUUCUUUGCAAGUGUGUUCUCGCCUUCCUGUCACUGUGUUGCCAAAGUGCAGCCCCGCAAACCUCGCUCUCACUACCAUAUGGGGUUGCCUUUCUGAGGGUUCUUUAUGGUAGAAAGAAUGAUCUAUUAGCAUGCACUGGAGUGGAAGAAUUCCUUCUAGACCACUUCCUAGACUCUUAGUUGCCACUAGGACUGUUUCGAGGCUGGCUGUAAUGUAAGUACAAGACUCAUGUCCUUGAGAAAGUAGUUAAAUAAAGUAACUGAUGGAGCCCC